UUAACCAAACGGUGCCUAAACAAACCUUUUCUUCCAACUUUCUCACCUUCAUUUUUCAUUUAUUUUUCUCUCUUUCCUUUCCAACCGCCCAAACAGGAAACGAAGAACCCAGGAAACAAACAUCGAUCCAGGACACCACACGUGUACCCACAAGCCGACGAUCCAGUACAGCGCGUGUAUACCUGCAACAAAGUCUAGUGGACCACUCUGACGUGGCAACCAACUGGCUUUAGAUCAUUCGUCCACAGGCGCGUGUGAUUACGUCACUGUGAGUCCUCAGAGUAGACUGCGAAGCAGAGAAGAGAGAAGAGUUCGGAUCGAAAAUCUUCUGCAUCGCCUUCUAGGGUUUCCCUUCGACCAAUCCGAAUUCGAAACCCUAAUUUUUCUUCGUUUUGGAUUUCUCUCUUGUUCCAUAGAUCGAUCGAUUAGGUAAAUUUCUCGUUUUUUGGAGUUCUGAUUUAGCUUCUAAAACUUUAGUUUUCAUGCAAUUUUUCGAUUUUUUUAUAGCGGGUUGAAUUAGGGUUUUUUUUUACAUCUUUUUUUUUUUUUAUCGAUUUCACGAGUCUCUGUUGAUCGAGACCGUGACUCUGAAUCAAUUCGAUUUUGUAUCUUUGAAAGGAAAAAAAUCUAGGGUUUUGAGGGAGAUUGAGGAAUUAGGGUUUUUAUCGAUUUCACGAGUCUCGCUCUGAAUCAAUUCAAUUUUCGUUGUUGAGGAAAAAAAAUCUAGGGUUUUGAGCGAGUUCGAGGAAUUAGGGUUUUUUGAGCGUGGUUUCAUGAAUGGCGUCUGGGACAUUAGGUGCGGACGAGUCAAGAGAGAGGCAUAGAUGGGGAGAAAGUAACAAAGUGUAUACAAGAAAGAUUAAGAACAAGAACAACAACCCUAACGCCGCCGCCACAAACAACCAGAACCACCAGAACGGCAGUAACACCGUUCCUCAUCAGUCUUCGGAAACCCUAGCUACCGAAGUCGCGAAUUCGUCUCAGCAACAGCAAGCUCUAUCACGGUUAGAUGAUGUUCCUGAUGAUUCAUUGAGCCACAAUCGGCCGCCCCAAGUUCCAGCCCCGAACGGGUGCGAAUUAGCCAACGAAAAUGGGGCUGUUAAACCGAUUAUUACGAAAAUUGGCAAUCGAGUUAAGAUUAAUUUGGAAGCAUCGAGGUCGAAGAAUGAGAUUAGGGAGCUUAAGAGGAAGCUAGUGAAUGAGCUAGAUCAGGUGAGGGAUUUAUUUAAGCAACUUGAAGCUAUCGAAGUUCAGCUGACUGGCUAUAGUCAUUCACAGUAUUCGGCAAAUGAUAAGAAGGUUUUGGCAAGAGUGAAUUCUGAGGUGGGGUCGGUAGGUCGUCAUGAUUCGAGGCCUUUUGAGCAGCUAAGUGUUUCAGUGAUGAGGAACAAUCAUGGGGUUGGUGAAUUUGUUGAGAAAGAGAAGAGAACCCCAAAGGCUAAUCAGUAUUACCGAAACUCGGAGUUUCUUCUUGGAAAGGAUAGGUUACCACCCCCAGAAAGCAACAAAAAAUUGAAAUCCAAUGUUGGGAAGAAACAUGGUGGGGAAAUGGGAUAUGGGUUUGGUAUAGACAAGUAUACUACUCAAGCAUUGAAGAGUUGUAACCAUUUGCUUUCAAGGUUGAUGAAGCACAAGCAUGCUUGGGUGUUUAAUAAGCCAGUCGAUGCCAAGGCACUAGGGCUUAGUGACUAUCAUGAUGUAAUUAAGCACCCUAUGGAUUUGGGUACAGUUAAGAGUAGGCUAGCAAAGAAUUGGUACAAGUCUCCGAAGGAAUUUGCAGAGGAUGUGAGACUCACAUUCCAUAAUGCCAUGACAUAUAAUCCGAAGGGUCAGGAUGUUCACAUCAUGGCAGAGGAGUUGUCAAAUAUUUUCGAAGAGAAGUGGGCAGCUAUAGCAUCGGAGUUUAGUCUUGAUUGGAGGUAUCAAGUGAUUAAUGAUGUGGGUUUGCUUACUCCUAUUUCGAGAAAGGCUCAUCCUUUGGAGAGAGCAGAAUCAAUGACAAUGCCUGUUGAUGCGAAACUGAAGCCCAAUGCUCAAGUGGGCAGGACUCUAGUUCCCAAAAAACCUAAAGCAAACGAUCCUCAUAAGAGGGACAUGACUUAUGAGGAGAAGCAGAAACUCAGCACAAACCUUCAGAGUUUACCCUCGGAAAAACUGGACAGCAUUGUCCAGAUCAUUAAGAAGAGGAAUUCGGCGCUUUCUCAACAUGAUGAUGAGAUUGAAGUGGACAUUGACAGUGUUGAUGCAGAAACACUUUGGGAACUUGAUAGGUUUGUGACCAAUUACAAGAAGAGUUUGAGUAAAAUCAAAAGAAGAGCUGAACUUGCUCAAGCCAGAGCAGGAGCUAUACCUGCUGUCCCAUCAAUGAACCCAGCUCCAGCCACUGCAGAGGCACCAAAAGAAUCUAAAACAGGUGAAAAGAAUGCCUCCACUUUUCCUUCUCAAGGGGAUAAUGUUAGUGGAUCAAGUAGUUCUAGCAGUUCUAGCAGUGACUCUGGUUCUUCUUCAAGUGAUUCCGAUAGUGAUAGUUCCUCUGCAUAUGGAUCAGAUGCAGGGCAUUCACCUAGGAAUUGAGUGGAUUCCAUUAAGAAUAUACCUUGGCCAGAUGAUGAUCUACACUGACACCCACCUUACAGUUUUGGAGAUUCAUGGUUUGCAGGAACUGCACAAGGUGUGCACGACUUAUAGAAUCCUUACCAUCACUUGAUCCUGCAGGCCAAGGCUUAAAGGAGGUUUUCUCUGGUCAAAAAGAAAUAUGCGAGAACAAUUGGUUGUGGCCGCCAUGGUGGCUGUGGUGGGAGACAUUUUUGUGUAGCAAGAACUGCUGUAAAUUUUCAGUUAUGAAGAAUUCAUGCUAGGUUUUUUUUGUUUGUCAUUGCCAGUAAUAGAACAGUUUAGGUCAUUAGAGUUGCUCUGCAGACUAUGCUUCUUCAUGUUUUUAGUUUUGCACAAGUUCUCUUCUAAAUUCUGGGGCAAGACCAAUUCUGACUGUCGAUAUGCAAUUUCAAAAAUGAACAUAAUAUCUCA